AUGCCUCAGAUUCCAGAUAUCGCUUGGGUGCAUGCCAGUAAAACUGCCUACAACUGCAUACCUGCCUUCGGGAUGCUUGGCCCCAGCAGGCGGGCAUGUCUCGUCUUCUCCGCUGGAAAACGCCUUCAGUUUCGUUGCGGGGCAUCUCAGGGUCCUCCCGGAGCUUUUCUUAGUUGGAGACAUCCGUUGAAUGAACUUACUGUCUCUACGAGCCUGAGAUGCUUGCUUUCUGCUUGCUAUGGUUCAAAGAGGACCUUUUCCACGACGCGAACGCUGGCCCAAUUGUCUCCCACCAGCACGCCUAACGCGGAAAUGUCCUUUCACGAACUAAAUUCUCGCAGCCUAGGACUUCGCGAACGAACAGAUCUAGUUUACGAGAUUCUUUGUCAUGGCGAGCCCAGUCAAAUCCUCGAAGCGUUGGCAAACCCCACGAAUCAGCAAGUGGUCGCGUCUCUGCCGGACAGUGUCUUCGUUUCCGCUUUCCUGCGCCUGACACCAGAGUAUUUCAUUGAGCCGUUCCUGGGGGUCUUGCUACCGGUACAUGAGAGGCGACUGUCACAGAAGGGCCUGAAUACCGUUGAAGGGGUCAUGGACCGAUUCUUCCGACCCUUGAAUCAAAUCUUACGGGCACGUCGUGGUAGCGGUGGAGAGAAUACUUUCGGUCUUCUCGAAUAUCGGCAUCUCCUUCGCAUCUCGGCAUCCAUCGGCGAUCGAAAUACAUGCAUGGAGCUCUGGAAAGGUAUGAAGUACUUGGGGAUAAAGCCCGAUCUUCAAUGCUACAACUCGCUCCUGCACGCCUGCGUGUGGGAAGGCGCGGUGUUUGGACCUGGACGGUAUCGCUUACGUGUAACGCCUUUUUAUUAUCGAUCCAGAGCUGUUCCUCGACCGCGCGAACGUUUCAAAGGAUUCGGUACAGCCGCUCGAAGUGUGCGCAAACAAGUCUAUUCUUUUAUUCUCGAAAUGCGCGAGGCCAACUUACCGCUCAACGAAGAUACAUACAUCUAUAUGCUUCUUGCUAGCGCUAGAGUUGGAAGUAGCUCAGGUAUGAACCAGGUUUUGAAGAUGGUUUGGGGCGUCGAUGCUGAAGCCCUCGCCAACACCCCUGAAGAGAAUCUGCCCGCUGCAAAAUCCCUGCCGGCAUCAUCCCCGAUGUAUCCUUCACGCAAAUUACUUCUAGCUGUGGCACAUGCAUACGGAACUAAUAGCAUGUUUGAGACGUCGUUGCAAAUUGUCAAGUACAUUUCUAAUCAGUUUGGAAUCGAGAUCACGGAUGAUGUCUGGGCGGAGCUUUUCGAAAGAGCGUUUGUCCUUUCUAGAAAACGCUAUGGAAAAGACUCGCAACCUCUCUUGCUAGGCAAAAUCAACAGCGAUAUUCUUUACGACCUCAAGAACAUGCUACAACUUGACGGAAAACCUUACGAUAUGAACUUGUAUCGCAUGCUCGCCACAACGGCCUGUGUUAAAGCGCGAUAUGACAAAUACCAGGAGGUGACUAGAGAGGCAUAUAACCUACUGCGCAAAACACGGAGAGAACGCAACCAUGCACUUCGUGUACUCGAAAACUACCUGGGCGUAUCACUCCGCAUCCAGUCGCCCUCUAGUUCCGCUUCUCUAGACGAAAGAGCCCGCUUGUGCGCAAACUGUUCUACGCCACAUGUCUGGCGAGCUCUACGCAAAUACGAAUUGCUGCGCUUACUAGUCGAGCAGCAGCAGAGCCUUAUGGAGAAGAUGGCCGGGUAUGCAAUCAUCAACCAGAAGUAUUGGCCUGGACCGUUUCACUCGGAAUGGGCUCAUCGACUUUUGCCACAAUUCAUCGCCGAGUGGAAGGAUUUCCUCCCGGAAUCAUACAAAGUCUACCUCAAUAAUGUCGGCGAGAUGGAGUUUGUUGGAAGGACGACUUUUAUGGAUGCGAAUUUCCGAGUUCAUGGCAAUGAGCCUGUGCGCUGGUCGGACUGUGGUAGUGGAUUUGUCGCCGAAGAAUAUGAUGACAAUGCUGCAGAUGAUCAUGAUGACCAGGCCAUCGAGGUCAGUCACGAUGUCUUGUGGGCUCACUUCAAAGCUCGUUUUGGGCCCCUUGCUAUGCUUCAACCUUUCCGCUGGUUUUUUGAGAAAGGAUGGAGUCGGGCGCCAGUCCUGCUUCAAACCGUGGAACAUAUGGAAGACAAGUUUAAGGAUAAGGGAUCACGGAGAUUACUCGCGGAGGAACGGCAACAGAGUAGCACUCUGAUUAAACAUGAGAGAAUGCAGCAUGCUCACUACGUCACGAUGGAACCUUUUUAUAUUCCUUUAUCUCUCUGA